AUGGGAAUGGCCCCCGAUCUCGACAGGAAGAUCGGCGCCAUGUCCCACGGCAUGAAGAAGCGGUUCAGCAUUGCCAGAGCGCUGCUGCACGACCCUGAGGUCCUACUUCUUGACGAACCUGAGAGCGGCCUCGACCAGGAGGCCCUGUCGCUUUUGGAUUCAGUGAUUGCCAGCCGGUCGGACUCGGCCCGGACGGUGAUCAUGACCACACACAACUUGGAGCGCGCGGUGGUCCUUGGCGACCGCAUGGCGGUACUCGCUAAAGGACGAGUUGCCUACAACGAGCCUGUGGAUGCAACCAACCCAGAAGCCUCUCGCCAUGCUUACCUACAACAUGUGGGUGCUCGUCAGUGA